AUGGAGUCGAAAGAAAGAACGAGCUUUGGCUCGGCCCGCGAACAACAUGAAGACAGCGCGUCAAGCGAGUACGAGAAGAGAGGAGUAUCUGCUGCCGACAUCGACGAAGAGAAAGCUGAUCGUCAUGACGGAGCUAUGCAGUCUCCAACGAAGGAGAAUAACGCAUCAGCUGAAAGAGGCCGCAGCCAAAGCAGACGUUCGCAAGACGGUAGGAGUCUGAAGACUGUCAGAUCGCAUCACUCGAGAGCUGGAGGAGAUGGCUACACAUGCCUCGACGCAGAAGCCAAUGCCAAAGGCCCAAGCGACUCCCGACCCGGCCCUGUAACAGAGCAACCGUACCUCGUGACCUGGGAUGGUGACGCCGACCCAGAGAAUCCACGGAGCAUGGGCAAACUACGAAGAUGGCUCAUCGUGUUGAUAUGCGCCAGUAGUUCACUAUGCGUGACAUGCACCUCAUCGCUAUAUACGUCGACGUAUAGUCAGCUGGAGCCUGAGUUUGGGGCCUCGCGCUUAGUGUGCACGCUUGGUCUAUCUAUGUUUGUUGCGGGACUCGGCGCAGGACCGAUGAUUCUAAGUCCACUCUCGGAGUUCUACGGUCGAAGGCCAAUCUAUAUCUGCUCGUUCACAUUCUUCCUCAUCUGGAUGAUACCAUGCGCCGUGGCACAGAACAUCCAGACGAUGUUGGUUGCGCGCUUCUUGGACGGCCUAGCUGGCUCAGCCUUCCUCAGUGUUGCUGGAGGGACUGUUGGUGACAUGUUCGGGAAACACGAGCUAUCUGCACCUAUGAUGGUCUACACAGCCAGCCCGUUUGUUGGGCCAGAGGUUGGUCCUCUGAUAGGAGGCUUCAUCGUGGAAAAUACUACAUGGAGAUGGUGUUUCUAUGUUCUCAUCAUCUGGUCUGGAGUUCAGCUUUGCCUAAUCGUUCUUUUCGUGCCUGAGACGUACCACCCCGUCUUGCUCCGUCGAAAGGCGAUUCGACUGCGAAAAGAAACUGGCAACCCAGAGUGGAUAGCGCCAAUUGAGAAGAUGGACAGAUCUAUCGCCAAAACCGUGCUGUGGUCAUGCAUCCGCCCGUUUCAACUUCUAUUCUUCGAGCCUAUGUGCUUGAGUCUUUGCAUCUUGUCGGCAAUCUUGUUGGGUAUCCUGUACCUCUUCUUUGGCGCCUUUCCUCUCGUAUUCGGCAACAACCAUGGCUUCAGCAUCUCGCAGGUUGGACUCGCAUUCUUGGGUCUGUUGGUUGGCAUGCUCGCGGGUGUCUCCACGGACCCUCUCUGGAGAAGGAUAUACGGCAGGCUCGUGCAGCAACGCGAGGAGCAAGGAGGCGAGCCCGGAGGUUCGGAACCUGAGUUUCGGCUCCCUUCGACUAUUGUUGGGGCCUGGGUCGUCCCUGUCGCACUCUUUGGGUUUGGGUGGACGACAUACUCCUCA